AUGGAGCUGGCAUUUGCAAGAACCGAUAAAACCGAUGGGAUUCUAGUGCUUCUCUCUUAUCACUCUGACUACUUCAACACACUAUUCAGCUCGGAUUUCAGAGAAAAAUCGAUGCCAAAAAUCGAAAUCAAGGAUGUCAAAUUUGAAGAUUUCGCCACAUUGCUCAGUCUUGUGCAGAAGGAUCCCAUCGAGCCGACAGAGGACACUGCCGAAAGCAUUCUGGAACUUGCCGAACGCUUCAUGCUGUCAGCCGCCAAACGCCACGUGGAACUUGUUCUGUUGUCUUCAGAAAUGGGAAAUCUUGAAAAAAUCGAACUUCCGGAUAAACAUGAUUUGAAUUUUCUCUUGGUUGAAACACUGAAAAAAUGCGAAGAAGAAGACAUUGAACCAACAUAUGAAUUUUCCGAGUUUUCAGACAAAACAAAGGCGAGAAUUUUGGAUCGAUUAAUCGAAUUGUAA